AGCAAUUUAGCUCUUAAAAUGACAAAUGUUAUUUGUCUUAUCAGCCUUGAUUUAUAGCAUAAACCAUGUCAUCCUCAUGGACCCUUAUCAUAAACAACAUGUUGUAUUAGCCUGACAACUGAAAAAAUGAAUUAUUGUUUUAAAAGUUUUUGAAAUUUAUCUAUUGUGUGAAAUACUAUUAACUUAAUUUUGCUGAUCUAAUAUUCUACAUGUAGUGGAAUUUAUUAUUUUUUUCUUUAGGGUAGGACACUUCAAAGUCCAGUCUGCAAAAAAAUGAAUUUGAAUGAAAACAGGAUUCCUAAGUAUACACUAGUCUGCUAUGAUUCAAUUAACAAUUCUUGUCCAAAACAACUCUAUUCUGUCAAUAGUUCAUUAAUAUUAUAUAUAAUGAUGUGUAUCAUCAUUGUUGUGACUGUAUGUGGAAACCUCUUGGUUGUGAUUUCCAUAUCACACUUCAGACAGCUUCAUACUCCAACAAAUUAUCUCAUCCUUUCUUUGGCACUUAUUGACUUACUGCUAGGGGGCUUUGUAAUGCCACCUCUCAUGGCUAGAAUUGCUGAAAGCUGUUGGUAUUUUGGUGAUUUUUUCUGCAAGUUUCAUCUCAGUUUAGAUAUAAUGCUUUCUACUGGAUCAAUCAUUCAUCUGUGUCUAAUAUCUGUUGAUCGUUAUUUUGCUGUGUGCCAUCCUUUAAGGUACAAAAAUAUUGUUACUAUUGUUUUAACAUUUGUCUUUAUUUUUAUUAGCUGGGUUCUGUCAGCUGUUCUUGGUUUUGUAAUUAUGUUUCUUGAGUUAAACUUAAGAGGAAUAGAAGAGCAAUAUACAAGUACAAAAUGUAUGGGGAGCUGUUAUCUGAUGCAAAAUGAGGCAUCGAGUCUUGCAUCAUCAUUGUUCUCUUUUUAUAUCCCAGGUUUUGUUAUGAUAUGUAUUUAUCUAAAAAUCUUUACAGUAGCUAGAAGGCAGGCCAGGGCAAUAAGAGAAACAGGACAUCAAAGCCAGACCACUGAAGAAAAAAAACAAGCUGCAACAAGCAGAAGAGAAACAAAAGCUACAAAAACAUUGGCAAUUGUGGUAGGAGUUUUCCUUCUUUGCUGGUUCCCAUUUUUCUUGUGCAACAUCAUUGAUCCCCUUUUAAAUCAUUCUAUGCCACCUUUAUUUAUGGAACUAUUAGCCUGGUUUAGUUACAUGAACUCAACAUUUAACCCUUUUAUUUAUGGUUUUUUUUACAGCUGGUUCAGAAAAGCUCUUAAAUUAAUUACAAGUGGCAAAAUUUUUGAAACCAAUUCUUCUAGGACAAAGCUUUUAAAUGAUUAACUUAUUCCACCAAUAGCACUGUGUAUACUAAUAGCAGAAAGCGGUAAAAUAUUUGUAAAAUAUUUAACAUCAAUACUAAGAAUCCCUACAUUAAUUGCACACAAAUAAGGAACACUUCAUAUGAUUUUAUUGCUUUUAGUUUAAAAGAUUAA